UCGCCUGACUCGAAGCGAUCGUACGAUGGACUGGGACGAGAAGGAGGAGAUGGCUGCUUGUGGCGGCUACGGUAUUAAAUGCGACCCGGACAUGAGUUUCGGGCCAGACUCCUACCCGCCCGUCUACCAGUGCGAGCAGCAACCGUUGGCGGAACCCCCGUGCGAUAUGGACCUGGCCGGCUUCCUGGAGAUGGACGACAAAAUGCUGUCUGAGUUGGCAGCAGGGACAUCAAAAGUCCCUACGUCCUCCAACAACGAGUGGACCUCUCUAUUUGACGAUGUUCUUGACCCGUCGACUGGUCUGCCACUGAUGGGUCACCCCAGCGUGCCUCCCCUCUCUCCCCUUGGGGCUCCCGCAGUCUCUCCCAUGGACUCCUGGGUGCUGGAGGAAACAAAGAAACUGGAGGCUCAGCAGAGGGUCCAGCAAAGGAAACUCCUCGACCUCAAACAGACUCUGAUUAAGACAGAGAUUCUGAAGAACCAGCUGCAGAUCCAUGCCUCCAUCUCCCAGCAGCAGCAUCUUCAACAUCAGCUCUCACCUCCUCCCCCUCUCCACCCCUCCCCCUCUCCUCCUGCUCACAACCCCGCCUCCUCGCCCCCCCUCCACCCCGGGACCACGGGGAGAGGGGCCCGGAGUAACUACACCUUCCCCCACUCCAAUGGGGUACUGACUCCGGAGAAGACGGAGAUGAAGAAGACUCCGAAGCUGCCCAUCACUCGCCUCCCACCAAAGCCACACCCCACAACUAACGGGGAGAACAACCAAGACACAAUCGAGGACAGUCCUCCGGGAUCUCCUCCACAUGAUCCUGAGAAGAGGAAGGUCCACAAUCUCAUAGAGAAGAAGUAUCGCUCCAGCAUCAACGACCGCAUCGGCCUCCUCAGAGACAUGGUCUCAAAACACAGCAAAGACAACAAGAAGAGACUCUCGGAGGAGAACCGGCAGCUGAAGGAGAUGCUGGCCAAGGCGACCGGGCAGCCCCACCUGGCGGGGUACUCCCAGAGCCCCCCUGUUACCCCGCCCUCCAUGUCACCCCGCAGCUCCGUCAGCGGAGAAGAUUCAGGGGUUCCCCCCUCUUCCCCUGACUGCGACUCCGGAAACAGCAGCCCCCUGCCUGGAUCCCACAAUCCCUUCCUCCCCUUCCACCCCUCCCUCCCCUCCUCCACCAUGCCACACCUCCUCAUGUGUGUCCUCCUGGUGGCUGUCUUCUUCGUCAACCCUCUCUACUUCACCGGUCACCACUCCCACAUCAUCGAGGCCACACCCCUGGAGGCAUGA